CGCGGCGCAGAACUGCAGCUAUAGCGCCAGCGAGUCCGGAUCCAAGAGACCGCUGCAGCCUGCGCCCGUGAAGCCGCUCCGACGCUGUGGUGGAAGCUGCGGUCAGGGAAGAGACCGCGGGCGCCGGGGCGAGAGAGCUCAGGGGUCGACAUGAUGACAGAGAACACAUUUUGGUCGAAGAAGAUAGAAAUCAGUGUUUCUGAAGCCAAAAAGCUAACUGGAAGAAAUGCCAUGAACAUGCAGGAAAUGUAUACUGCUUACCUCAUUGAAACAAGGUCAGUUGAACACACUGAUGGUCAGAGCGUCCUCACAGACUCACUGUGGAGGCGAUAACAGUGAGUUCGAGUUGUUGAGUUUUAGUUUACUAUCCACGUAUCGUUGUGCCACCUCUUCCAGAAAAGCGGAAUUCAUGUGGCAUAAACUCUCUGCCAGUAACAUGGAUCCAGAUUUUGUGGAGAGAAGAAGGAUCAGUUUAGAAAACGUUCUGCUGAGGGUCGCUUCACAUUCCAUCCUCCAUAGAGACAAAAUCUUCUAUUUGUUUUUAACACAGGAAGGUAACUGGAAGGAGGCUGUGAAUGAGACUGGGUUUCAGCUCAAGUCAAGAGCACAAACUAGAAGCACUUUGGAACAUAGUCAGAGCACACCUGGCCCAAAACCAUGUGCUGCAGCACCUGCACUUGAGUGUGCUGCUGGAAGUCUUCAUACAUAUUACCGUGUCAGCAGAAGGCUUGCUCAUUCAGAAACAUUGGGAACCAUGUCAAGGUCACAGAAGUUGGAUGAGCAUGUGGAGAUCUGCAUAGAAAUAGUUAUCCUAUAAAUUUUGGGGGGGAAGGUUAAAAUUUUGGACAUAAUACUUGCUUUUUAUUAGGAGAAAUAUUGUAUUGUUUAGUUAACUUAUUUAUACAUUAUUCUCACAAUUGUGUGCUAAUAAAAAAGAAACAAAUUCUAUAAAUUUAAUU